AACCCUUCUGAUAACGUCCUCAAGCUAUAUAAUCGAUCUCAUGGCUGGCUAUCUACCCAACCCUCUUCUAGUGCUCAAUGAAGGCCUCAUCUUCUGCCUUACCAGUUGCGGUCGUGUUUCUAGCAUGUACGUGCUUGCCAACACUGAUCAAUGCUUCGCAAUUUUCCUCUUCCCAAGAAGUACCUUCUGUUAAACGCGAAGAGACCGCUGUCAAUCAUCCACUAUUCUUUGACAUGCCGAUAGAUCAUUUUGGCAAUACUUCUGGCACGUUUAAAAACCGUUACUGGGUGAACGAUACAUACUAUCGUCCAGGUGGACCUGUAUUUCUAUUUGACUCUGGAGAACAAGAUGCUGAGCCCCUGCUGCCGUAUUAUCUCCAGGAAUUUCACGGUCUUUCGGCCACCAUGCGUCUAGCAAAGCGUUACAGAGGGAUAGCUCUUCUUUGGGAACAUCGCUUUUACGGUACUUCACUGCCAUUCCCGGUGAACGCAAAUACGACUGCAGGUCAAUGGCAAUUCUUAAAUACUGAACAGGCUUUGGAAGAUGUCGUUUACUUCGCUAAUCGUUUUGUUCACUCUUCGACGAAGGUGUCACUUCACCCUUCAUCGACUCCGUGGAUUUGGAUUGGAGGUUCCUAUCCUGGCGUUCGGGGUGCUCUGAUGCGGGUUCGCAACCCUGACAUCAUUUUUGCUACUUGGGCAGCAUCCGCUCCUGUACAAGCUGAAAUUGAUAUGGCCUCCUACUACAAGGCUGCGGAACGUAGUCUCACUAGGAACUGUUCCGCCGAUUGGGUUGCCGUUACGAAGUUCGUCGACCAAACGCUGAUGACUGGCACCGAAGAUGAGCAAAUCGGGCUCAAGGUUCGGUUAUGGAGCGCACGAGAGAGUGGUCCGACCAAACGAGUCAAUGUUUCGCGAGAAAUAGCGGCGUCGUUGAGCAACGUUCAAGCUGCUAGCGUGUUGAUGGACCCUUUAAACUUCUAUCAGUACUAUGGGUUUGAAGCAUCGCUUUUACCAUUCUGCAAUCUGCUUGAAACUAGAAAUUUCACCACGGAUCCGCUUGAACUGGGGUUGAUCUCCUCCAUAACUAUCAAUGCCACUUUGGACGCUUUCCUCACUGCUAUUACGCAAUUGGAUUAUGAUUCCAUUCGAGGGGACGCAGAUGAUCCUAUCGGGGAUCGUUCUUGGAUGCGACAGUAUUGUUCAGAGUAUGGCUUCUAUCAAAGGGGCGAUCCAAACAAUCCCCUCUCUAUUGAGACUUCUUUCCGGAGUUUGGAACUGUUCCAACAGCAAUGUAAUUUGGCGUUCCCCACUGGUCUACCCCCUGCUCCGCAGGUUGAACACAUCAAUAAAUACGGAGGUUGGUUUAUGAAUGUAUCCAACGUGUUCUUUACCAACGGAGAAUUCGACCCAUGGAGGACCAUGGGACUAGCUUCAAUUGAACCGAAUUCGCCUCAGCGACAGCCAUCAACCGCUAUUCCAACAUGCAAUGAUGCGCCACCGUUCCCGUCAUUCUUCGGUCUCACUCACGCGAACCAGGUGCACGUAUCCGAUCUACGCGUGCUUCUUACACCGGACUCCAACCACACAAACUUCAAAACGGUCGGUUUCUUUAGCCCGGUCGCGACCAACGGGGAACCUUUCUACGCUGGUUUAGGACUCUUCGAGAUGGCUUUGGAUGAGUGGUUACCAUGCUUCGAACCCAAAGGGAAGAUUGCCUCAUCGCAGGAAUCGUUGAAUAUAUAGUCGGACUGUGACGCAAAUCUAGUGUUAUUUAUUUUAUGAUG